UGUGCACUACACCGCUCCACUGCCGCGCCAGAUCAUCCUUUAGGUGGAGCUUGUCGGCUUAUGCACAUCAUAUUUCCUUGGGCGAAAACACAACCUUUCCUCGGCCGCUCGCUAACUACCUACCUGUCCGCAACGCGCCGCCGCCAGCGUUUUCGUCUACCCUCCAAGUCCCCUCACUAGCAGUAGUGCUUAACCCUCGACCGCGACUCUGCUUUUGGCGUAGCAUGUCCCCGACUUACACCACUUCACCAAGCCAGCCCGCUACCGACACGUCUCUCAGCGCGCUACUCGCGUCGCAACAGAUGAACGGCCAUCCGCAUCCGCAGUCAAUGGACGCUCGCCAGCAGGAUUAUUCCCAGCAAGCUCCGCUCAAGCAAGAGUACUCGCAGCAGCAGCAGCAGCAACAGCAGCCAGGUUUGAAUUCGCCCUACGCUUCCUCGUCCUAUACCGGCAACCUUUCUGAGACUUUGUCCUCCCCAGACCAGAACCAAGCUGCUCAGUACCACCCAGACUCUGCGCGUUCCGCGUCAUUCCCCGAGUACCAGCAGCAACCCCAAGGCCAGCAACAACAGCAGCAGCAGCCUCAGCGACCGUAUCCCGAGCAGGGCGCCCCGCGAUACCAGCAGCCAGGUGGCCAUCCACACGCCGCAAUGGCUCAAUCAAGUCGGUCCUUGCCUCUUGCCAGCGCGCUGCACGACACGCGUUCUGACUCGGUCAUUACCAUAGAUCCCACAAUAGCCGCACAGAACCCUCAAUACCCUCAGCAACACGCAUACUCUCCAUACCCUCCCCAGCAUGAGAUGCACCAAUACCCUGGGCAGCCCGGCCAACCCAUGUACGCGCCCCGCCCCGAAUGGGGUGCCUACCACGCUCAACCUAUGCACUACCCCGUGUCAGCCGCCGGUGGACCGCCAGGAAUGGCAGCCGCCGUCCCCAGACCUCCAGGUGGUGGCCACCCCAUGUCUACUGUAUACUCGUUUGUCCCGAUUCCUGGCGCACAGCAGCACAAGCGUCCGCGCCGACGAUAUGAGGAAAUUGAGCGCAUGUACAAGUGCGGAUGGAAUGGCUGCGAAAAGGCUUAUGGCACGCUUAACCAUUUGAAUGCACACGUUACCAUGCAGUCGCACGGCGCAAAGCGCACUCCCGAAGAAUUCAAAGAAAUCCGCAAGGAGUGGAAGGCCAAAAAGAAGGAGGAGGAGAAUGCGCGAAAGCAAGAUGAGGAGCGCCAGCGCCAGGAGGCCGGUCGCGCUGCACAGGAAGCCGGCACCCCGACCCAACCCGCCCCGGCACAGUACCCGCAACAACAUAUGAUGCCUCCUCAGCCCAUGAGCAGUGCCCAGCUACCACCUAUCGGUUACGCCCCUGCUGCUCCACCUACUCCUCAGCAAUAUGCCCCGCCACAGCAGCAAGUAGAUGGAGCACAGUCUUACCCGGCUGGCCAGAUAUAUGCCACUAACGGAGGCUAUCCUCAGAGCCCAUACGCUCAGGGCGGCCCGAUGUACCAGCAACGUUAGACUGUCCAUCCGAUACUAAUGGAGCCGAGACUGACAGGAUGACAGAUCCUGAACAACCCCAGAAUCAGGCAUACCGAC